AAAAAAAAAAAAAAAAGAGGAAAAAGUUAAUCUUCGGGUACUUGUUGAUUGAUUGAUGGAAGAAGAAACAUCAAGAUUACCAUUACCAGAGGCAUUUGUUGAAUUUCUGGAGGCCAAUGGGCUCAACCCGUCGAUUUACUCCGCCACUGAUUCAACCCCUCGUUACAUAAGGCUAAAGCUUGGUUGUGAAGCGGAAAUAGAAGAGUUUGAAAACGACAUGGAAUGUAAGCUUGAGAAAGUGGGUUGGUUGCCUGGUUUUUAUUCUCUUCCCCAAAAUAUUCAUAUCGCCAACUCAAAGGCAUACAGAGAAGGAAAGAUAUAUGGAAUCGAUGCAGCUUCUGGAGCUGCUGUUUCAGCUUUGAAUAUUUCAGCUGGUGAUCAUGUUCUUGAUCUUUGUGCCGCUCCUGGUGCUAAACUUUGUAUGAUGUUAGACCUCCUAGGGGAUUCAGGUUCUGUAACCGGCGUUGAUGUCUCAAGGCAUCGUCUAGCAGCCUGCAGGACAAUGCUUCAGAAAUACGAAUUGGGCGAGCGCUGCCGGCUUUUUGUUGCUGACGGAACAACAUUCUCUCUAGUUCCUAUCAGAAAUCAUCCAGAUUCUAGAUCAUGUGAAUCCGCAUUCAGAGAAAAUGUCGAGCGAUUCAAGGAGUGGACGUCGAAGAGAACAUGGAAGGAGAGGAAAAAGGCGGCCCGAGCAAGAGAAAAUGCUUCUAUGAAUCCGGAGAAUCAACAACCAGAGUUGAUCUUUUACGGUGGGCUUUCUGGUGUGGUUGGGCUGAGUAAAAAUGAAUUAUAUCAAACUCUUUGUGAUAGUGAGAUACUGAGCUUGGGUUAUGACAAGGUGCUAGUAGAUGCAGAAUGCACUCAUGAUGGAUCAAUUAAACAUAUCCAAAAAUUUGAACAUUGGGGUUGGAAAACUCUUCAACGCCGCGUAUUGGAUGCAGAGAGAACUGAUAGCUUAACUUUGCUUCAGUUGAAACUCCUAACAAACGGUUUUAGGUUGCUGAAAGCAGGAGGGCUGCUUGUCUACAGUACUUGCAGUUUGACAGUUGCUCAGAAUGAAGAUGUGGUAGAGCAAUUUCUCAAGGAGAACCCUUCAGCUGAGUUGCAGGAGAUAGACGCUACCAAAAGUUGGCCCUGUGGAAGCGGAAGGAUACCAAAGACCUUGCGUUUUGAUCCAUUAACGUCGCAAACUAGCGGACUCUUUGUAGCUAAGUUCACAAAAUUAGUCAUUUAAGUUCUCUCUGUUUGUUUUUUUUUGUUUUUUUUUUUUUUUUUUGGGGUAUUUGGAAAUUUUCCCUCCAGCAGAAUAUAAGCAGACCCCCUACUCCUAAGUCCCACCCCUUAAUUUUUAAGAAUCUUGUAGGAUCACCUUUAAUCUUGUUUUAAUUUGUAAUG